CCUGCGGGGGCUCGGGGCGCGGGCCUGCGUGACCUUGGGUUUGCCUCCCGGAAUGCGCCGGGAUGGAAGUGCGGUGUGGGUACUGCGCAGCGCUGGGGGUCGCGGUCCCUGGUGGCUUCCUGCACGGAUGAGUGCUUGGGAUUCUACAUGUUUUUGCUGAACUUGUGAAAGAGACAACCUGGAUGGUGGAUUAACAGGAACACUGACCUGUGGGAAGGAAGCUUCAUAUCUAAAAAUAUUGGAUUUUCACCCUAGUCUAGCAGCUCUGCUGCUCACAUAAAUACAGAUGAAUGAAGACCCCAUUCGGGAAGACACCUGGCCAGCGGUCCAGAGCUGAUGCAGGCCAUGCUGGAGUCUCUGCAAGCAUGAUGAAGAAGAGGACAUCUCACAAAAAACAUCGGACCAGUGUGGGACCAAGCAAGCCUGUGUCCCAGCCCCGGCGGAACAUCGUAGGCUGCAGGAUUCAGCAUGGGUGGAGAGAGGGCAACGGCCCUGUCACCCAGUGGAAGGGGACUGUCCUGGACCAGGUGCCUGUGAAUCCUUCCCUGUAUCUUAUAAAGUAUGAUGGAUUUGACUGUGUUUAUGGACUAGAACUUAAUAAAGAUGAAAGAGUUUCUGCACUUGAAGUUCUCCCUGAUAGAGUUGCCACAUCUCGGAUCAGCGAUGCACACUUAGCGGACACCAUGAUUGGCAAAGCAGUGGAGCACAUGUUUGAAACAGAGGAUGGCUCUAAAGAUGAGUGGAGGGGCAUGGUCUUGGCACGGGCACCUGUCAUGAACACAUGGUUUUACAUCACCUAUGAGAAAGACCCUGUCUUGUACAUGUACCAGCUCCUAGAUGACUACAAAGAAGGCGACCUCCGCAUCAUGCCCGAUUCCAAUGAUUCUCCUCCAGCAGAAAGGGAACCAGGAGAAGUUGUGGACAGCCUGGUAGGCAAACAAGUGGAAUAUGCCAAAGAAGAUGGCUCGAAAAGGACUGGCAUGGUCAUCCACCAAGUAGAGGCCAAACCCUCUGUCUAUUUCAUCAAGUUUGAUGAUGACUUCCAUAUUUACGUCUACGAUUUGGUGAAAACAUCCUAGAUGUCAUCACAAACUUUGCCAAAUUUGUGGAACUGUUAAAUGUAUAAUUUGUAGACAUAAAGACUUGAUUGCUUUCCA